AUCGGAGGCUGGGGAUGUACUAGAGGUGAAGACGCCAUCUCCUUGGUCUACUUCAGAGGCUGGGUGUACGCUGAGGUUGCUAACAAAAGAGGCGUCUAUGUUGAUCUUGAUCAUUCCAGGAUUUGGGGGUCGCCACUUCUGAGGGUAUGAUGCGGUUCAGGGGGUUUUUCCUGAAGAUAAAAUGAUUUCUGUCCUUCCAAAUGCACCACAAAGCGGUCACGAUUAGAUCAAAUUUUGGUGAGCUUCGUGGAUCUUCUUUCACUUUAUAUAGCCACUCAUCGAAUCGGGUCAAACCCACUCUAGAUAUUUUGACUUGCAGAGUUUGCGCGUUCCAAAUUUGAGAGGUCCAAGGGCAGAGCAGCAGGGCAUGCUCGAUCGUUUCCGGUUCGAGGUUGCAAAUUGGGCAUAUGGGUGCAGGAAAGUAGGAUAAAGAAAGAGGUAGAAACGAGUUGCUUUUGACCUGGAGGCCACUCGCAAGGAAAGUAAGAUAACAAGAUAAGGAAAAGGUCGAAACCGUCUUUCUUUUGACCUGGAGGCCACUAGUGAGGAAGACAUCAUGCGAGUCGUCAUUAUAUCAAUUGACUCAAGAGAGGAAGACAUUGGGUGCUCUUUUGGUCUCGAACCAAAUAGCCUGAAUCUUUUCCCCAUCACCUAGCAUGGCUGAAUCAUUCCUCUUCAGCGUUGCACAGGGUGUGCUGGGGAAGAUCGCAUCCUCGGCGUUCCAAGAAGCCGUCGCAAUUUAUAGCAUCGAAGAUCAGAUCCACGAGCUUAAAAAUACGUUGGCUGCCAUUACUGCCGUGUUGUUAGAUGCUGAGGAGCAACAGGCGAAGAACCACAGCCUGCAACUGUGGCUAGGUCGGCUUCGAGACGUGUUGUAUGAUGCGGAGGAUGUGCUCGAUGAACUCGAGUGUGAAGCCUUACGGAAGCGGGUAAUCAGUCAGUAUGGGGGCGUCAAAAGAAGGUACACCGCUUCUUUUCCCUCUCUAAUCCAGUGAUACUCCGUGCAAAAAUCAGUCAUAAGAUCAAGGAGAUUAGGGAGACAUUAUCUAAAAUUUCCAUCGAGAAGAAACAAUUUGAUCUUAAUGUGCGGAGUGUUGACGAUGGUGUGGCGCAAAUGCGAUCACGAGAGAUGACUUACUCAUUUGUAAACAACUUGGAUGUCGUUGGAAGAGAUAUUGAUAAACAAAAAAUAAUUGAGAUAUUGAUGCAGCCAGAUCACAAAAACCUCUCGGUGAUUCCCAUUGUGGGAAUAGGAGGUAUGGGCAAGACGGCCCUAGCUAAAUUAGUUUACAAUGAUGAUGGUGUGAAAGUGCAAUUUGAGUUGCGACUAUGGGUGUGUGUACCCGAGAAUUUUGAUUUAAAAAAGACUAUCGAAGGAAUCAUCAAAGAUGCAACUAGUCAAAGCUUGAGUAACCUUGAUAUUCAGCAAUUGCAAACUAUUUUGCGAAACACCAUCAAAGACAAGAAAUUUCUACUGGUCUUGGAUGACGUAUGGAGCAACAACCGCUGUAGAUGGGAAGAAUUGAAAGCUUUGCUAACCGAAGGAGCUAGUGGAAGCAAGAUAAUUGUGACAACGCGCAGUUUAGAAGUCGCUUCUAUAAUGGGUACUCAUCUAGCGCAUAAUUUAAAAGGUCUUUCUCAUGAAGAUUCCAUGACCUUGUUCAAAAAAUGGGCAUUUGAUGAAAAGGAAAAGCAACCAUGUCGUGAUCUCCUUGAGAUUGGAAAUGACAUUGUGGAAAAAUGUCAAGGAGUUCCUCUCCUUGUGAAAACUUUGGGCAGUGUACUUUACACAAAGGACGAAAAACGGCAUUGGGCACAUAUAAGAGAUAGCGAGACAUGGAAGUUAAUGAAAGAAGAAGAGGACGUCCUGCCAGUACUUAAGCUUAGUUAUGAUCAUUUACCAUUGCACUUAAAACAUUGUUUUUUCAUAUUAUCCCUUUUUGAUAAAGGAGCUGAAAUACAGUGCACUGAAUUAGCUUGCGUAUGGCAGGCUUUAGGGUUCAUUAAUUUAGCAGGGGAAGAAGUAGCAUUGGAAGACAUUGCUGUUGAGUAUGUCAAUGAGUUGUGGAAGAGAUCUUUGAUCCAACCAAAAGAGUCGUUUGACUCGAUGUUUUCAACUUUUAUAGUGCACGAUCUAGUCCAUUCUCUUGCAACAAUUGUGGCACAAAAUUAUUGCUCUAGUGUUGAAUUUGAUACUGCAGAGAUUUUUGAAGGAGUUCGGAUGGUUUUAUUCUCUUGCACUUCAUUACGAGGAAUCUCAAAUUCCGAUGGAGUCCCACCUUUUCUUAGAAAGCCAACUUCAAAGAGGCUGCGUGCAAUUAUGUCAACCUCCAACGCUGAUGAUCAAUUUAUUACUAGAGAGUUUGCUAGAACAUGCAUCUCUAAGUGUAACAACUUGCGGCUUUUGGAAUUGGCGUAUGGUAUUUUUGAAAAGCUGCCAAGUUCUAUAUGCAACUUGAAGCACUUGAGGAUGUUGACUAUCACAAAUAACAAUCGAUUGAAGAAGCUUCCCGAUACCAUUUGUGACCUGCAAACUUUGGAAGAAUUGGAUCUCACUGAUUGCUCAGAACUAUGUGAUUUACCCAAAAAUAUGAAGAGGCUCGUCAGCCUUAAGUAUCUACAUAUAACAACAAAGCAAAAGAAUCUACAAGACACUGGAAUACAAUACUUGGAAAAUCUACAAUUUUUCUCACUCAUGGGAUGCCAAAAUCUUGAAGUUCUGUUUGAAGGUACUUGUCUACUAACUCGCCUUCAACAAUUGAUAAUUAUGAAUUGUGGGGACCAAUAUCUCUGCCUUUCGUGGAAUUAA